AUAGCGGGGUGUUUUCCUUACAUUUUCUGCAGGGUAUCACUUUCAGCUGACUCUGGUAGAGCCGCUAUGACCAAAACAAUAGGUUACUCCGGCAGUGGGCUCGUCCAUGUUAAAAACCCACACUUGGUCUCGAUGGAGGAGGACAUCCUGUAUCACCUGGACUUGGGAACGAAGACGCGCAACCUGCUGGCAGUGUUCGGGGACAUAAAGUUUGUCUGUGUUGGUGGAAGCCUGAAGAGGAUGAGGGCAUUUGCCCAGUUCAUGCACUAGCAGCUGGGACUGACGGGUGAUGGGGAGGACCUGGCAGACAUGGGGAUGGACCCGUACACCAUGUACUGGGCUAGGCCAGUGCUCUCAUCAGCUGAAAAAAAGUUGGAGUACUUAAAAAGAGCUUAUGAUGCUGGUGUGAGGAACAUUGAAAUGGAGUCCACGGCAUUUGCUGCCCUGUGCGGGCUGUGGGGCCGGGAAGCUGCCGUUGGCUGCAUGGCCCUCCUGGGCCGCCUGGAAGGGGACCAGACCCAGGCGCCCCGCGAGGUGCUGUGGGAGCGCCAGCAGCGGCCCCAGCGCCUGAUCGCAGCCUUCAUCCAAAAGCACCUGGGGCUGCACCCUCCAGCAGGAAAAGUGCUUUUCUCCACAAACCGAUGGGAUGGAGAUCUCUUUGCAUUUGGCAUAAAGCCGAAACCCAAGUAA